AUGUUCAAGAUUCUCGCUUUAUUUGCCUGUUUGGUCGUUGUUGCCUCCGCAAGAUACGUUGCCGUAGAUCACGGUCAUCAUCAGGAGGAUUAUCAUCAUUCGCACCCGAAGUACAAGUUUGAGUAUGGAGUUAAGGAUAGCCACACCCACGAUCACAAGAGCCAGUGGGAACACCGCGAUGGAGAUGUCGUGAUGGGACAGUAUACGCUGGAUGAGGCUGAUGGUACUCAUCGUGUGGUUGAUUACAGCUCGGACUACAAGGGAGGAUUCCAGGUCCAUGUUCAGCGAAACGGACACGCCCACCACCCACACGGAGAGAGCUACGUGAAAAUCGAUCAGCACUAUUGAUGGUUUCAAAUCGUUCAUACAAUGUUCGACGUUA